AUGGCGAUCGCAAACCGCGAGACGUAUGGUCUCCUUUCAGUUGUUGUUGUUCUUCUUAUACGGCAAUGUCAGGUUGAUUCAGCAAUCCAAAACUUCAUUCUAAGACGAAUGCGUAGAAGGCGUCUGCAAUUACGACUUUUACAAUCACUUCAGAUGUUGUAUUUGUUCUAUAGAAAUUGUUACCUGCCAGUUGCUCGCCGGCCAAGACGUGCUUGGGUAUUUCCUCGUCUGCAGAACUGGUUCCAGGAACUUUUAAACAGCAGAGCUCUUGAUCACUGGUGGAAGGAAAACUUCCGCAUGUCUCGGGCUACUUUUGAGUAUAUCUGUAGGCUGGUAGGGCCAGCAAUAGCACAACAAAACACUAGAAUGCGUGACGCUAUUCCAGUUGAAAAGCGAGUGGCUGUGAGCUUGUGGCGUUUGGCGACUGGCAAGUGCUACCGCUCAUGUGGACUGAUGAUUGGACUGGCAAAACCUACAGUGGUUAAGUGCUGUCAUGAGUUUGUAGAAGCAAUUUGCCGUCUGCAGGAUGACUUCAUAAAGUUUCCUUCUACAAGGGCGGAAAUAAGCAGGAAAAUUGAAGAUUUCUCUGAGAAGAGCAAGGUUCUGAAUGUUGUUGCAGCGAUUGACGGUAGUCACAUUCCUAUAAAAGCACCAAAAGAGAAUCACGAGGACUACUUUAACCGGAAACAUUUUUACAGUUAUUUAGUACAAGGGAUUGUUGACUCUUCAGGACUCUUUUUAUCAGUUGCCACUGGGUUUCCCGGGAGUCUGCAUAAUUCUCGAAUGCUGCGACUAAGCGAUGUGUACUGGGCCGCCGAAAACGAGGAUAUUCUCAUGGAACCUACCCUGAAUUUGGGGGAACCGUGGAGAGCACUACUGAAGUGCUUGGAUGAGGAUCAUUGGAGGAUCCCAAACACCAUCAUAGCAUGCUGUGUACUUCACAACAUUUGUAUUAUUCAAGGGAAAGAAUUUGAUGGAGAUGUCGAGGACGAUAGCGAUGAUGACAAUGAUGAUGACAAUGGAGUUCCCAGCCAGGCUGCAAACGGUGUUCGACUGGCUGUAAUUGAAUUUGUAGCAAAUCAAUAA